AUGCAUUUCCAAUUCUUCUGUUUUGCAUCAGCCGCGCUGGCCAUCGCCGUUAUGGCAGCCCCGAUCAUCGAACCAAACUCACUUGCAGCACGUGAAGCUAGUAUUUCUCGGGGUUUCUUUAAUAACAACGACGCAGGAUCUAGUGAGAAGCGGGGAUUUUUCAACAAUGCAGAUGCAUCAGGUGCUUCAAAAGACAAGAGAGGAUUUUUCAAUAACAAUGAGGCAGGGUCAGAUGUGAAACGAGGAUUUUUCAACAACGCAGAUGCAUCAGGUGCUUCAAAGCAGAAGCGGGGAUUUUUCAACAACAACGACGCAUCGGAUUCCUCAAAGGCCAGGAGAGGAUGGUUCAACAACGGGAAUUCCGCGGACGUCUCAAAACGUGAUGAGGAGGUUGAUGAUGAAGGGUAUUAUUACACAUAUACAGAUAGUACCAAGUAA